AUGCAUCCUGAGUGGGGAAACGCUUUUGCCGUUAAAAUGAGACAGAGUGGGGAUAACGUCCAUUCACAUCAGAGGUGUGUUGUAAAUGUGGGCGAAAUGAAAAAACUUUAUUUAUCACCUAUCGUAACGGAACAACACAGUUUAGAAGUAGAGAGGUUAACCCAAGAUAAUCAAGCUUUACAUGCUCGUCUUCGUGAUGUUGCUCAUUCUCCAUUAUCAGAUUCUGAAAAACAACAAUUAUUGCUGGACGCUUCCAGAUUACAUAGCUCAACUUCUAUUUCUAUUUCAAUGGCUCAUAACGAUAUCGGUGCAUCAACAACAAACACUACAUCUGAUGAACCAAGAUGUAUCACUCCUGAAUGGGAUAAACAUUCUUCUAGUUCCUUUUCUGAAAUAUCUGUUGCUUGUCUUCAAGAUAGAAUCCUCCAAAUGGAAGAAACUCAUUAUUCAACCAAUGAAGAGUUACAAGCAACUAUACAGGAAUUGAGUGAUUUACAAGCUCAACUAACAGAGCUUCAAACUGACAACGAAAGACUUACCGAGGAAAAGGGAGUACUUCUUGAAUCCCUUUGUAGACAAACAGAAAAAUUAGAAGAUUCGAGAUCAAAAGUAAAUACACUUCAAGGCCUUUUGUUAAAAGAAGAAAAGUUGCAAGAUUCUUCAAAAGGUUACAACACUGAGAGAGAACAAAAACUUGUGGAUUUAUUGAAGGUAAAUUUUAUUUAA